AUGGCGGCUGAUGGAGGUUCCGAACUUCCUCAACUUCCAAAACGCCCCACAAUAAUACGACCAGGGAAAUCCAAAGGUGAAGAUGAAGGAAUAAGGGUGCCAGCAAGACCCGCCCCUCCAGUGCCUAAGGCCACUAACACUGAGAAUGAUAGAUCUACAACAGUAGAGAGGCUCAAAUCUAGACCCCUGCCACCCAGACCGGGGGAGAGGCCAAUUCCUCCGAGACCUAUUGGCGGCGUUACCCAAAUAAACGACAAACCAGUCCCACCUCCUGUGAAAACAGGCUCAGUAAACAAGAGGCCUGAAAUUACCAUCCUUAGUGCAAAGCCAAUGAAUGAAGUUGGAUUUAGGGAUGCAAAGCCAUCAGUGCCUAAACCAGGCUCAAGUGAUGUGCCUUCUAAACAUACUGAAAACAUUGACCAUGUGAAUGGAAAGGUCUCUACUCCUGCCAUUAAGCCUCCGCCACAAGUGCCUAAAGCAGCUCCACGUGGAUUUCAAACAGACUUGAGCGAAGCUGUUGAACCAGGGCCGCUGAAACCCAAGGGACCACCCCCUCCGAAUCCUAGACCAACUGUGAUAAAACAAGAACCACCUACUGGGGACUUAAUCCAGCUAGAUGAUGUAGACAAUGGCUCUGUUCCAUUAAGACCUACUUCAGUUAUCGGUCUUAAACCACUGAGACCUGUCAGUGAGCCACCAUCUUCUGUGCCUUCUAGGAAACCCCCAUCAACGCCUUUAAGACCCCCGACUUCACCAAGAAAGCUUGAUAACAAUAUGCAGAAUACAACGAACACAAAUUCAUUAGUGGAUAGCCUUACUCCUAAAUUAGAUCAUGAGGAGAAAAAUACAAGUGCUCAAACUGGUGAAAAUACAUAUUCUGUGAUAAAUAAACCCAAAAGACCAACAAUAAUAAGGCCAGGAAAAACUGACACGAGUCCAGUUUUGAAAUCAGGCAGCAGUGAAAAAGACACACAAGUGCAAUCUGUAAAACCUAGUCUUAAUCCCAGUUACCACCUAGGAGGUAUGAUGAGCAAGAGAUCAAUAAUAAACCAGAAUUUCUCAGGAAACAACUGAAAU